CGUCUGUUAGAGCUGGAGAGGCUGCAGGCUGGUCACACAUGUCCGCUUAUGUGCAGUGAACAAGUGGUCAUAACAUGGAUGUGGAGCUGUCUUUCUGACACAGUUUGGACGAGUGAGCAGAGGAAGCAGCCAUGUCAGAGAAAAAGCCACGAGGCUCAGACACGCGUCCCAAAUGUGGCCUCCGCAGUUGGAGUGCAGACAGUUAUGUUUGGCGGGGGAAGAAACGCUCCCGGAGCUCUCGCAACGGGUCGAGCCCCGGAGGGCUGGAGGUGGAGGGGACGGAGGAGCUGGGUGUGCGGUCAACAUCCUGUCCGAGGCGACGGAGAGAGAGAAAGUGUAGCUGCAGCACUCUCGGGGAUGCAUUGACGUCUGCAGACAUCGAUGUGGUGUGCCGGAAGGCCUUGUCCCACCGCUCUCUGCGGCAGAAGUUUCAGGAUGCAGUGGGCCAAUGUUUUCCUCUGCGCUCUCACCAUCAUCACCAUCAUCAUCACCACCAUCAAUCGGGCUCCUCGCGGCCCUUCUCGGUGCUAUUCUGGUCCAAACGCAAGAUCCACGUUUCAGAGCUCAUGCAGGACAAGUGUCCCUUCUCACCAAAAUCUGAACUGGCUCGAUGCUGGCACCUAAUAAAAAAUCACUCCACCCACCCAAGCGUCCUCAAGGACAUGGAGGCUCCCCUGAAACCUACUGUCUCAUCAUCCUCUACCUCCCCACCACAGACCCCCCUCUCCUGGGAGGACAUCUGCUGCUCUCCUGGGCCUGGAGGCACCAGUCUGGAGGACUGGGACCCUUCUUGUCCUCAUAGGGAAGCAGAUGGCAGCUGUGGCCACACUGACUACAUCUUGGUCCCAGAUCUCCUCCAGAUCAACAACAGUUCUUGUUACUGGGGUGUGCUGAACCGCUUUGAGGCAGAGGAGCUACUGGAGGGCAAACCAGAGGGAACGUUUCUGCUCCGAGACUCUGCCCAGGAUGAGUUCCUCUUCUCAGUCAGCUUUCGUCGCUACAGCCGCUCCCUGCAUGCACGCAUUGAGCAGAACGACAAGCGUUUCAGCUUUGAUGUGCGUGACCCAUGCAUGUACCGGGAUCCCAGUGUGACAGGACUACUCAGACACUACAGUGACCCAGCCACCUGCCUCUUCUUUGAGCCCCUCCUUUCCCGGCCGCUAUCAAGGACCUUUCCUUUCUCCCUCCAGCACCUGUGCAGGGCUGUGAUCUGUAACUACACCACCUACCAAGGCGUGGACAGCCUACCGCUGCCAUCCCAGCUCAGGGACUACCUCCGCCAGUACCACAUUAAGUGUGAUGGGGCCUGCGCUGUGUGACAGUCCAAAGCAGGCCUCAUACCAUGGAAGGCAAAGAUAGCACAAGCAACUUGGCAAAGAGGCAAGAAUAUUGCCACUGAAUUAGAUGGUUCAUUAAGUAGCAUUUCUGUUGCAACUCAUUGAGGUCUAAAAGGUGCAGAACUGGAGAGUUUUUAAGAUGUCUGAUGAUGUUGAUGCAUUACAUGGUACAACAACUAAACCUACAAAGGCUCAUCAGCCUUCUCUACAGGUCUGAAUCCAAAUACUGUAGCACAUGGACGAUGUCCGUGUCAACCUUUAGUACUUGGAGAUGGUUUGAAGCGUGGAUUUAGGUUUUGUGCUUUCAGCCAUUUUGACAGCCAGGGUCAAGAAAGCAGCCACUACAGCUGUGCUACGCUGAGACACCUGUAAUUAGGACCCACAACUAACACUUUAAUAUCCUUAAUAAAGUAAGGAUUCUCAACAAUCACCAAGACCUCAAACUAACCCUCACUUUUUGUGGAAUAUUGACUCUUGAAGUUGGAGCAUUUUCCUCUAGGCUUCAAUUCAGCGGGAGUUGUCUUGUGUGGGCACUAAGUAUCUCUAGUGGCCACUAGAGGAACUGCACCUUUCAUGGUACCUGGCUGAGACUAAACCGCCUUUCAUGUACCUUAAUAUCAUUAAAAUGUGAUGUUUUGCUGUAGCCUUGUCGUGCACACAACCCGUGUUGUCUGAUGUACAAGUAGGUGUACAGAGACUGCAUCUAAUAAUAUCAAAACAUUACUCAUUAUUCAAUAUCUUUCCACAACAUUUUCAUACCUAUUUGGACCUUCCCUUGGUCUACAGGGGCGUCCUUCCAUAUUGCAGAAAAUCCUUAAACACUGUUGUAGUCUAAGAAUUUCACAAAUUUAAACCACAUCUCUCUCCUUUGUGUGAAGAUUGAAGUUGUGAACUGUGCCUGAUGGGUCACUCAGCACAUUUACCUCCUCAUGGGAAAGUUGAGUCAGGCAAACUGAAGACGAGAGGACUCUGUUGCCAAUCAAUGUGUGUGAGAGAAAGAGAAAUACAUAGUGACAGAAAAAGAGGCAUUCUUGAUAACUUGGUCACCGUUUUAUGCCUUUCAACACCUCUUCUUAUCGACCACAAAUGUCAGCUUCUUAUUAAAAGGAUUGCAUUCUUCUCUGCAGCCACACGAUGGCUGCACAACUGCACUGAUCUGAGCUUUGGGAAGAUUUCACCCGCUUCACUUGUCUGUCUUUCCACUACUACCUUCAAGCUCCUCUGUAAAUCAAUAUUUUAACAGGUUUCACAAGUAUUGUUGUUUAAAAACUGUUUACAUGGUGGAGUACAGUACACUAAAAGUACCAUGCACUGUUCUUAAAGUAUUUGAAUCACUGUGAUUCCCCUUCAAGGCAGAUAUUGUAUUCACCACAUUGAUACACAAGCUAAUAAAUGCUACCCACACUG